CGUGAACAGCUGGUUUGUCCCCCUCCCCCCUUCCCUCUUUUCGACAACCUUCGUCGCUCUCUUUUAUCCAAGUUCAUCACACCUGUCAAAUCAAAAGAGGCUAACCUGACGCCGUCGCCGCAGUCAAAAUGGGUGCCCUCAAGUAUGUCGAAGAGCUCCAGAAGAAGAAGCAGUCCGAUGUGAUGCGCUUCCUUCUGCGUGUCCGCUGCUGGGAACUCCGACAGCUGAAUGUCAUUCACCGCGCCUCGCGUCCCUCGCGCCCCGACAAGGCUCGCCGCCUCGGUUACAAGGCCAAGCAGGGCUACGUUAUCUACCGUGCCCGCGUCCGCCGUGGAGGCCGCAAGAAGCCCGUCGCCAAGGGUGCCACCUUCGGCAAGCCCACCAACCAGGGUGUCAACCAGCUCAAGUACCAGCGCUCCCUCGCCUCCACCGCCGAGGAGCGUGUCGGCCGCCGCUGCGCCAACUUGCGCGUCCUCAACUCGUACUGGGUUAACCAGGACUCCACCUACAAGUACUACGAGGUCAUCCUCGUCGACCCCCAGCACAAGGCCAUCCGCCAGGACCCCCGCAUCAACUGGAUCGUCGCCCCCGUCCACAAGCACCGCGAGGCUCGCGGUCUCACCGCCACCGGCAAGAAGUCCCGCGGUCUCAACAAGGGCCACCGCUACAACAAGACCCAGGCCGGCCGCAGAAAGACCUGGAAGCGCCACAACACCCUGUCCCUGUGGCGCUACCGGUAAACGGUUUCGCCCACUGCUCGCACUGGACGAUUCUGAAAAGGCUACCGGGCCGCUCGCGUACUACUACUGUCUUGCUACGAGGACGGCUUCGGCUGCCAGGUGUGGUGUUCGCGGAGGACACGACGACGGCGGUGGAUCAUCAUCAUCAUGGAAGGUAUUCGGGAUAUGGCCACUACUUUCACGACUUGGGAAAGCACUUGAUAUCAUGCGCUGGAGUGUUCUUCUUCCUCUGGCUUGAGUCCCAGAGGUCAAAAGGCUCAAUCGAUACGAAAAAUGGAACACAACUUUUUCGAGGUUCUUAACUUAAAACUUGGAGGGCUCGGCGUAAAAAUGAUGAAUUAUGUGAUUUCAAUGUGAUAAACUUGAACAAAAAACUGGCUGUCCCUACUAUCCCCUCCCCUACGUGUAAUGUGCGAUUUAACUCCGUUCCCACCAUAUAAUUGUU